AUGUCCCCUAUCGACUUGGCCGCCACUAUGCGCUCUAUAUUGGAUGGUGAUCAUAACCUAAGUACGGAUUUAACCACAGCUCUCGUAUCCUUGGGUUCCGCAGUUGAUCAAAUAAAAACCCAGCAGGAGAACUCCGCUAAGGAGUUGGAAUUAGUAAGAAAAAUGACCAGAACCAACUGGCUAUUGGUCAUUAAUCUUCCUCUUCCUUUCGGACAAUCCAAAAGCCAGUCCCUGCAACUGUUAUUUGAGAAAAUUGGCUACUCAAAACCACUAUUUGAUUCUGAGAGGGACCUUAUUGCCGCUGAUAUACUAUAUGUGAACAAAAACGGAUCGUGUAAUAUGGCAUUUUUCGUGCCGCAACGUCAUUACGAUUUUUUGAUGAGCGCAGAGUUUCAACGCAAGAUUGUGGCCUACAAUCAAAAGGAUGUGACAAGUGACGCCAAACUUUGCGCCGAGUGCAUUCAUUGGACCGAAAGCGAGCUCAAAGUUCCAGUAUGUGUAAACGAUGCCGCGGAAAGUUUGCUGGAUCAACUCAUUGACACUUAUGUGAACAACUGGUAUGAGUCUGGCAUUAGCAGGGACCGCGACUUCCUCAACGAAAUUAGGUACCAAAUACGGUUUGCUUGCUCUCAACUCGCAACGAUAGGAUUGCAGCUAGAUCUGCCAACCAUCAUCGCAGAAGAUGUAGUUCCGAUCGCGUCUCUUCACAUGCACAGAAUUAUGAAAUUCGAAGAUCAAUUUGCGGAUAAGGCUUUUCCACGUUCUCCAAUGGAAUCAGCUAUAUGUGAAAGUCUCUCUGAUCUGCAUUUUUGUCUAGGUAGCAGGCAAAAUGAACUGGACUACUUGAGACAGGUCGCUGAUUUUCUUGUUACCAAGCUGGUAGAUGAUACUCAUCUUGCUGGAAGAGCACAUGACGACGAAUGUCCGUCGAAUUUUGGCGAGAAAGCUAACAUGUCGGCAUGGCCGUCACAAUCUGUCAGACAUUUCCUGCGUGAACUUGUUGUAAACGCAUUGCUUUUACCACGCUUGGAUUUGCUGGCUGACCCGGAUACUAUUAACCAUUUGCUUAUUAUGAUAUUCGAUGCCAUGAAAGGAGAAGAAGCACACGGUGGAAAUGAGAAUGAAAAAAGAGAAGUCACGUUUUUGUCAAAUUUCGCCGAAAGUUCCUCUCAAACGGUUCCGGACUCUUUGCUACACCUAAGGCUGAUGGGACUUUGCGUUCAUGGUGUCCGUUUCGCUCGUUGUGACGAGUAGGAUAGUGGGUCAGCCGGAUGGAAGGACUAAAAUGAACCUUUUUUUUUUUCAGAACAGUUAUUUCACGGGAACCUCGUAUGUACUCGCUGAUGAGCCACUUGUUUUACUAACCGGUAUUCGCGUCGAAAUUCACAUAAAACCAGGAGAUGC